AUGUCAAGUUCGGUGAGCGCGUCGCAGGCGAAGGUUAACGAGUUGCUGGAGGCAAUUCGGCAGGAGUUCCAGAGCGUAUCGCAGGAGGCGACCAGCUACCGACUUCAGAACCAGAAGGACUAUGACUUCAAGAUUAACCAGCAGCUGGCGGAGAUGCAGCAGAUUCGCAACACGGUGUACGAGUUAGAGCUGACGCAUCGCAAGAUGAAGGACGCGUACGAGGAGGAGAUCCAGCGGCUGAAGGUGGAGCUUGAGCAGCGCGACCGGCAGCUGUCACAGUACGCACAAGGGACCGCGGUGCCCCUUGCGGCGCCGGCAGCGAGCGUUGUGACGGCGUCGCCGGCGCCGGCGGUGGGCACAAGCGGUGCAGCGGCGUCGAACACGCUGCCUUCGCUCAGCGAAGGCGCCCUGGCGAAAUCGAAGUCGUUGUCGUCACCGCACCACCAGGUCGUGGGCGGCGGCGCGAUGGUGCCGCAGUCUCUUGGCCCCACGCCGAUGCCGCCCAUCGGCUCGCACCAACAUCUCCCACAGCCCCUGGCUGCCGUCGCGCCGUCUGGCGGGCAGCCGGUCGUCCCGCUGGGUGCACAGGCGCAGCCUGAACAGGCACCUGUCGACAGCGCUGUGCAUGGGCAGGCGUCAGAGCACUACCUGGUUCCCUACGACCAGCGCCCUGUUCACGCGAAGCCAAUUCCGCCAUUCUUGGUGGAUCUCGACUCGCAACUAGUGCCAACACACCUCAAGAAGCAGACCUCGGAGUACUACGUGCUAUACAACCCUGCUCUCCCACGCGACUUGGAUGUCGACCUGCAUCACUCUCUUGAUCAUUCCAGUGUGGUAUGUUGCGUGCGCUUCAGUAACGAUGGUGAGUAUUUGGCGACUGGAUGCAACAAGACUACCCAAGUAUACAAGGUUUCCACCGGUGAACUUCUUGCACGCUUGUCAGAUGACUCCGUUGCUGGAGUGAACAAUGAAGCCUCGACAGGACCUGCAAAUAACGGGACUGCGGAUAAUGGUGGGGAAAAUUCCGCCACUAUCCAGCCGGCUUCGUCUUCAGAUCUUUAUAUCCGUUCCGUGUGCUUUUCUCCUGAUGGAAAGUACCUAGCUACUGGUGCAGAGGACAAGUUGAUUCGGAUCUGGGAUUUAACCACAAAGAAGAUUUUAAUGACGUUACAGGGCCAUGAGCAAGAUAUUUACUCUUUGGAUUACUUUCCAGCUGGUGAUAAGUUGGUUUCAGGUUCUGGUGACAGGACAGUCAGAAUAUGGGAUUUGAGAACUGGUCAAUGCUCGCUCACCUUGUCCAUUGAAGAUGGUGUCACGACUGUUGCCGUUUCACCUGGUGACGGCAAGUAUAUUGCUGCUGGUUCGCUGGACCGCACUGUUCGAGUUUGGGACUCUGAAACGGGUUUCCUGGUAGAACGUUUAGACUCAGAGAAUGAGCUCAGUACCGGCCAUAAAGACUCUGUGUACAGUGUUGUUUUCACAAGGGAUGGUCAGGGUGUUAUUAGUGGAUCACUGGAUAGAUCUGUGAAGCUGUGGGAUCUGCGUGGCCUGAACGGGCAGAAGUCACAUGCUACCUGCGAGGUCACAUACACUGGUCAUAAGGACUUCGUUCUCUCUGUUGCAACGACCCAGGAUGACGAGUAUAUACUUUCUGGUUCCAAGGAUCGUGGUGUGCUUUUCUGGGACACUGCCUCUGGCAACCCACUGCUAAUGUUACAGGGUCAUCGUAACUCAGUUAUUUCUGUCGCUGUGGUUAAUGGUUUCCCAUUGGGCCCAGACGUGGGAGUGUUCGCCACCGGUAGCGGUGAUUGUAAGGCUCGCAUCUGGAAGUAUACUAAAAAGUCUAAUCCCACUGCUACUGGUGCCAAGCUGCAGGAGCUGAAAGAAUGA